ACGCCGGCUACUCCUGCUUAUGAAAGCCCAGAUAUAAAAGCACAAAACUUGAUAACCCUACACACUGCUUUGAAAAAUCACUGCAUCUAACCCCCCACCAAUUCACGCUCGCAGCACUUCCGCACACGCCGCCCACUCUUGUUGCCCUCUUAACAAUAUUGGAAGCCGCCCCGACCCCCUCCAGAAGCCCCUCCAGCACGCACCGCGACGCGAAUCGCCUGCCACAAACCUGCAACUCAUUCACCGGAAAGAGAAAAACAAGCAAUGGCGGGAGGCAAAAUGAAGAAGGAGAGAGCGAAGCACACAAGUGCUCCUUAUCAAGGAGGCAUAACGUUCCACAAAUCGAAGGGUCAGCACAUCCUCAAAAACCCUUUGCUGGUGGACUCCAUUGUGCAGAAAGCUGGAAUCAAGAGCACUGAUGUCAUUCUUGAGAUCGGUCCUGGUACUGGAAAUCUCACCAAGAAACUUCUUGAAGCUGGCAAGAUGGUUAUUGCCGUUGAGCUAGACCCCCGUAUGGUUCAAGAGCUUGGCCGCCGCUUUCAGGGUACCCCGUUUUCAACUCGUUUGAAGAUCAUUCAAGGCGACGUGUUAAAGACUGAUCUUCCCUAUUUUGAUAUAUGCGUGGCAAACAUUCCUUACCAAAUCUCAUCACCGCUCACGUUCAAGUUGUUGUUUCAUCAACCUGCCUUCAGAUGUGCAAUCAUUAUGUAUCAGAAAGAGUUUGCGAUGAGAUUGGUUGCACAACCUGGUGACAAGCUCUACUGUCGGCUUUCUGUGAAUACCCAACUCUAUGCGCGAGUUUCCCACCUCCUCAAAGUUGGGAAGAAUAAUUUCCGUCCCCCACCUAAGGUUGAUUCCUCAGUAGUUCGAAUUGAGCCUAGGAAACCACGCCCACAAGUUAAUCCGAAGGAGUGGGAUGGAUUUAUACGGAUGUGUUUCAUAAGAAAGAACAAAACCCUUAGCUCAAUCUUCAGGCUGAAAAACGUCCUUUCAUUGCUUGAGAAAAACUACAAGACCCUUCAGGCAAUACAGUCCUCACUGAGUGCUUCUAAUGGCAGUCUUGAUGUUGAAUCAGAUAUAUUAAGACUGGGGGAUUCUAAGGAAGAUCAAAAAAUGCAGAUGGAUGGUGGAAGUGAUGAUGAAGUGGAGGUGGAGGAUGAUGAUGAUGAAGAAGAAGAAGUUGAUGCAGAAGGUGAAGUGUCUGGUUUCAAAGAUAAGGUUUUGGCUGUGUUGAAGGAGGGACAAUUCGAAGAGAAGAGAGCAUCUAAGCUCACACAACAGGAGUUCCUAUAUCUGCUUUCGUUGUUCAACAAGGCUGGCAUACACUUCUCUUGAUGCCAGAGAGUCAUAUAUUUUAUGUAUAUGUCAAGCAUACCCAAUUUUGCUUAGAAUGCUUUCAAGUCUAGUAAGUGGUCAUCUUAAACCUUUUUCUUAAAUUGUUGUUGGCACCUUGAUCAUUUAACUUGAGUUGUGAUUUGCCCCGUUCGACUAA